AAGACGUACGUGAGGCAGCUGAGUGAUGGCACACUCAUCAUUUGUGGUGAAAAGGAUCCAUCACGGAACGUUGGAGGCAUUGGAUUUGUCGCACACUCAUAUGUUGUCCGUCUUGUCGAUUCGCAUGCAUUCCUAUCACCUCGCCUGGCUAUCCUUCGACUCCGUCCUCCGCAUCAGAAGGCCAUCACCAUAUUCAACUGCUAUUCUCCAACAUCCAGCUGAUGAUUCGGAACUUGAUGCUUUUUAUGAGGAUUUGGAGGAAGUCAUCCGCCUCCUUCUAUAAGU